AUGACGAAUGUUGGACCAUCGGGGCCGACAUAUCAGACCUCCAACUUCUUCGUGAAAUUGAGCUCCGAUGCUGCAGUGGUGUCGCAACUGUCCUCAGAGGAAGCUGGAGGCAUUGUCCAUCGACGGGCCAUUGCCUCGGGAACAGCUCCACAGGAUUUGGGGUACACCCAUUACUCGUCGAAAAAAACAGGUCCAUGGAAUCGGAUUGGCUCGUUGAAGCCCGGCGCCCCGCACGGGAAUCGUAACGCCGCAGACAGCUCCAAGUGGCGCCACGUGGCUGACGGUCUCCGAGCUACUGUCAAAGCAGGCCGUUCCGAAACGAGAUUGUUUCUUUGGGAUGGUGCCGCAAAUGACGUGGACGUUGAGAUCCAGGGUGAUUGUUUGGUUCUACGUGCGAGAAGUGAUGACAUCACGGCACCAAAGCGCCAACCCGUGAUGGAUGAGCAGACCCUGACCUCUGCGGGGCUCGCGUUGUCGCAAGCAGCGGACGAGCGAGAGUUUGACCAAUUCCACAUCUUGGUGGACCGGUUCACUGAAUUUGUUCUUUUCCAGGCUGACGUUUUGUUCCAGCUCUCCCCGUUAUCCGCGCCCUGUCCGUCGCUUGGUGGGUUUUUGCCCUCGCCCGACCCGGUGUUUAGGGCCUUCUCCUGGCCCAGUAUGUUUGCGUGCCAAUCGAAUGCAUUCCAGUUCGUGCGGGACAGGGUCAUUCCCGACAUGUUGCACGCAGCCCUCCCCAUUGGCCGUUGCCUCGUGCUCCUCCUGAUGUUCCGCUGGAUGUCUGAAGAAACAGCGUGGGUCUCGCUGUUGCUGCCAGCCAUUCAACAGGCUCUUGCUCGCGAAAGCCCAGAUGAUGAGUUUUGGGAAGCUUUUCUGGAGCAAGUGCGCAGUGGUUUUUCGCGAUGCCCUUUCCCCGGACGGCUGUUCUGUACUCGGGAGGCAUCUAGGUACUGCAGGGGCGACUGCGUGCAUGACGAGGCACUCCAGGCACAAUUCCGACGUUGCCGUUGCGUCGACCUCGGCUUGGAGCCCUGCCCCCGGGACGGAGGGAACUGCCAUCUGUGCCAGACUCCACAUGGAUGGUGCGCGCUCCUGCUGGCCUAUGCAAGGGCUUGGGGUCGGCAGGAGAACGAAAUGGAGGAGCGGUUCCGACAAGGCUACAAAGAGCUGCAGGGCUUUGUAACGGAAAAUCUGGUAGGCGUGGGCCAGUUUUGGGGCAAGUUCCUGUUGCACGAUGCUGACGCGUUGCGGCAGGCAUCAAACGCCGUUCUGCCCAUGGACGAGGGAGCUGAGCCCAGAGAAACGCCAGGGUGGGAGGACAUCGACGAUGGCUCCCUUGUCGGACCAGGCGCAAUGAAGAACCUGCUGUGGUUGGCGCCAGAGCUUCCCAAAAACUUGGCGUUGGCGGCAGUGUUCACCGUUCGUGAUGCAAUCCGCAAAAUGAUGACGGGCGAAACAGACGUUGACGGUCAGCCAAACCAUCUCGCAGUUGCUUAUAGGCACUGUGUGGAGGAGGGCACGGCUCCUGUUGAUGUUGCACAGUACUGCUUAUACAGCACGCAAGUGCAACUUUGCGAAACCACCGCAAGAGGAAUGCUGAUGCAGGCGUGCCGUCCGGUCGCCGCUGCGCAAUUUCUGGCCAACAAAUACUACAACGCGCUGACCGACUGCAAGACGGAAAACGCCAGCCUGCAACGGCAGCUGGCAGCAAAGCGUGCUCAUGCUCCCAGCAGCCAGCCCCCAGAGAUUGUGGGCUGUUGCAUUUGUGGCGCUCGGGGUGGAUUCAACGCAGCAAAAUGCAAGUAUUGUCCAGACCACUGCCCCACAAGGGCAUGUGCGAUCAAAUCGCACAAGAAGCAGAAACAUCAAGCUUAA